AUGGCUGACGAGUACGCCGACUCGAAGCAACUGUUGCAGCAGCAGCUGACGCUGAGCGUGGCUCUGACCGUCAAGAUACUCAAUUCACCUAUGGGCCAAUCAAGCGCGGCUGGUGGUUCAUAUUCUGUCAAUCACAUUGACAGCAACAUCACUGAAUUCUUUUAUGACCCGCAGGCCCAUAUCACCUUUGAUUCCUGGUACAAACGAUAG